AUCUAUAGGUUCCUUGCACGUGACAUCACACCCUCUCCGUGGCGGCAGCAGACGAUGCAUUUAGCGUUGUGUGGGACUGAGCCCAUAUCAGCUGACGUGCGAGGUACUUUGGUAAUCAUACGAAAGACAGUGAAUUUGCCAAGAUGCCAGCAUUCUGUGGUGUUAUUGGGUGCGCAAACAAGCGGACAAAGUUCCCGGAAAAGUUUUUCUUCCGACUACCAGCAGUAGACAAGAGAUAUGGAGGGAAGAGAGAGAAAAUAACAAGUGAACGGCGAGGGAAGUGGCUGGCAAACCUGGCAAGAGCUGAUUUAACCGAGGCUGGAAAAAGGCAUCUCCUCGUGUGCAGUGAUAAUUUUUUGAGUGGAUGGCCAGCAGUCCUUGAGGAUACAAGUAAUCCAGACUGGGCCCCAACACAGAACCUUGGUCAUUGUAAAGUGUCCCAGGAAUUGGUCGCCAUCAGUUGUGCUCGGCAUCAAAGGAUCCAGGAGAGAAAGUUGAAGAAGGAUAAGGAGAUGUUUAUGGCAGCGCAGACACUCAUGAACAUACAGGAAUACACUCAACCUUGUAGUGACGAAGUUCAUGUUGAACAACAGGAACAGUUGUCCCUACCAUCCAUCGGCCAGACAUUUCAGACAAAGAAGCAAACCAUUCUGUCUAGACCAGCUGCCUGCAAGACGGAAACAGUAACAGUUGCAACUGUUGGCUGCCAAACAGACCUCACCCUAAUGGAGAUGACCAUGUUUGAUCAGCAGUAUGAGGACUUGAACCAGUUACGAACAGAGGUGUAUGAACUCCGUUCUACAGUAGGUGACUACAAUAACCUCAAAAAGUACUUUUUUAUACAGGGCUGCCAAACUAUGCUGUAAUGAUGUGCAGUUUUAAUUAUGUUUGCCUUAAUAUUACCCAUUCAAUUAAUUCAAAGCUAUCCCCGUUUCAAGAAUUUGUUAUGUUUCUGAUGCAUCGUCGUUUAAACACAUACUUCCAGGAUUUGGCCUAUAGAUUUAAUGUAUCUCUUUCAACACUGUCAAGGAUAUUUUAUAAAUGGGUAGAUACAGCAGAUACAAAAUUAAGACAUUCCAUUGUUUGGCCUGGAAGAGAAGAACUUAGGCUAGCAAUGCCUGCAUGCUUUUGCAGGAAUUUUGGUGACAGAGUCUCUGUCAUACUUGACUCUUUUGAAGUGACCUUGGCUACUCCUUCCUCCCUAAUGGCCAAGGCAGCUACUUGGUCAAAUUAUAAACACAAUAACACCAUGAAAUUCCUCAUAGGCAUUCCCCACAGGAUGCAUAUCAUUCAUAUCUAGAGGUUGGGGUGGUAUGGUCAGUGACAAGACCAUUACCGAGAAGUGCGGCAUUUAAAAAAAAUGUGCUACCUGGUGAUAUUGUGCUUGCUGAUAGAGGGUUUGGAAUUGAGGAAAGUGUAGGAUUAUACCAUGCAAGUUUAUAUAUUCCAUCAUUUACCAGGGGAAAAUCUCAGUUGUCAGCCUUUGAAGUUGAAAAUACUAGGAAAAUUGCCAAUGUAAGAAUUCAUGUAGAGAGAGUAAUUGGGUUGGUUCGUCGUAAAUAUAAGAUUUUUCAAGGUCCACUUCCAAUAGAAUUAGUAAAAGGUAAUGACAGCAAUGAGACUACACUAGAUAAAAUAGUAAGGAAGUGUUGUACACUUGUUAACUGUUGUCCAGGCAUUGUACCAAUGACUUCAUGAAUGCAAUUUAAUUACUUAUUUAUGUUUAAUAUGUAAUUUUUAAUCUUGCCUUCUUCCCAACAAGUGGGAUGGCAGAUUUAUUAAUUGGUAAAUGUAAUCCAAUUGAUUACAUUAUCCAUUUCCAUACAAUAAAGUAAAAACAAAGAUUGUUACCAUAACCA